UUUGAUAUGUCAGUAACCAGUGCACAAAAAGAAAGUAGAAGAGGAGAAGAAGAAACACAAAGAGAAUUAUUGCAGUAAUGGCAUCCUCAACUGUCAUGGCUUCACUUAGUCUCAGGCCAUCUCCUUUCACUGUGGAGAAAUCAGCAGCAGUGAAAGGCCUACCCUCUCUUGCAAGGUCUAGGGCUUCUUUCAGAGUUGUAGCCAGUGGUGGCAAGAAGAUCAAGACUGAUAAGCCUUAUGGAAUUAAUGGAGGCAUGGAUUUGCGUGAGGGCCUUGAUGCAUCUGGAAGGAAGGGUAAGGGAAAGGGUGUGUAUCAAUUUGUUGACAAAUAUGGAGCCAACGUUGAUGGGUACAGUCCUAUCUACAACACUGAUGACUGGUCUCCAAGUGGUGAUGUUUAUGUUGGUGGAACUACUGGUUUAGCAAUAUGGGCGGUGACACUAGCUGGGCUACUUGCAGGGGGUGCACUUCUUGUUUACAACACCAGUGCUCUGGCUCAAUAGAGCUAUAUAUAUAUAUAUAUAUAUAUAUAUAUAUAUAUAUAUAUGUAGCUACUCUUAUUUUGUAUUAUAUGUCAUGUCGCAAGUAACUGUGUAGAACAAGCAUUCCAAAAAUACUGUGUAAUAUUUUGUUCACUCUCUCAAUCUUGUUUCUCUCUCUCUAAAUA